GUCAAUAAAGUUUUAUCGAAAGCUCUCACUGUACACCGAGGAACAAAUGGGCACCAUAACUGAUGAUGAGGUCAUCCGUAAGCGGCUGCUCAUCGACGGCGACGGAGCCGGAGACGACCGACGCAUCAACGUCCUCCUGAAAAGCUUCCUGAAAUGGUGCCACUCGAACGUGACACCAGAAGAAGGGUUCGCUCAGUACCAGAGGAUGCUCGGAAGCUUGUCGCAGUGCGAGUUCUCGAUGGGAAAGACGCUUUUGGUGUAUGACAUGAACCUGAAGGAGAUGGAGAACUAUGAAACGAUCUACGCAGACAUCGAGCAAAGUAUAUCAGCCGCACACGAGAAAAUCGGCGAGUGCAAAAAAGAGAUCCAGAGAGCAAAGCGGAUACGAAAGAACCGCCAAGAGUAUGAUGCUUUGGCAAAAGUCAUCCAGCAACAUCCAGACAGACACAAAACAAUGGAGCAGCUUGAAGCGCUGGACAAAGAACUUCAACAGCUUUCCCAAAUCAAAGAGAAUGUAGAAGAUAAGUUGGAGCUGCGUAAGAAACAGUUCCACGUGCUUCUCAGUACCAUCCAGGAGCUUCAGCAGACGCUAGACAAUGAUGAAAAGAUGGAGAGUGAUGAAACGUCCCAAGAAAGCCCAAUGGAGAACGGAGAUUAGUUUUGGGGGUUUUUUUCCUCUCUAUAUAGUUUUUGUUUGUUUGUUUGUUUUUCCCCACCUUCCCCUUUCUCAUUUCCAUAGUAUCUUUUAAUACAACGUUACAAAACAGUGUAAUAAAAGUGAUGUGAAGUUUUCAGAA